AUGGGAGACGAUAGAUACUACACUCUGGCCGAAGGCUGUCCAUUCGCAAACAGCAAGACGGCUGUUCUAAUGCAGGGCAAACAGGGCGGUGGCCUCGGAUUACUUCAGGAUACUCAGCUCAUCGAAACCCUUGCUCACUUCUCCCGCGAGAGAAUCCCGGAGCGUGUCGUUCACGCCAAAGCUGUCGGAUCCUAUGGAGAAUUUGAAGCCACCCGGGAUUGCUCCGACUUCACCAGCGCCAGCUUCCUCAAUAAGGCCGGAAAGAAGACGCCCGUGCUUCAGCGCGUUUCAACGGUUGGGCCCGAGUCUGGCUCUGCUGAUACUUCCCGGGAUGUGCAUGGAUGGGCGAUGAAGUUCUACACCGACGAGGGCAACCAAGAUUUCGUUUUUAACAACACGCCUGUCUUUUUCAUUCGCGAUCCUAUCAAAUUCCCUUCUAUGAACCGUUCUCACAAGCGACACCCUCAAACCCAUCUUCCCGACGCAAACAUGUUCUGGGAUUUCCACGUCGGUAAUCCUGAGGGUAUUCAUCAACUUCUGGUUCUAUUUAGUGACCGCGGCACUCCAAAGUCGGUCCGCUACAUGAACUCAUACAGUGGACACACCUACAAAUUCACUAAGCCUGACGGCUCGUUCAAAUACGCCAAAAUUCACGUCAAAACGCAGCAAGGGAUUGAGAACUUCUCUGCUCAAGAGGCUACCAGGAUCGCCGGGGAAGAUCCUGACUUCAUGAUUCGGGACAUGUUUGAGGCUAUCGAUAGAAGCGACUAUCCUGUCUGGAUCGUCUAUGUCCAACUUAUGAGCCCCGAGGAGGCUGAGGAUUACAAGUGGAACAUCUUCGACAUGACCAAGGUUUGGCCGCAGAAGGAUUUCCCUCUGCAGCAGAUUGGCCGUCUUACCAUGAACCGCAACCCGCAAAAUUACUUCGCCGAUAUCGAGCAAGCUGCGUUCUCGCCAUCAACAAUGGUCCCGGGGAUCGCUGCGUCCGCUGAUCCAGUGCUGCAAGCACGACUUUUCGCGUACCCUGAUGCAGCGCGCUAUCGCCUCGGUGUCAACUACCAGCAACUCCCUACCAACGCCGCGAAGGUGCAAGUCUAUUGCCCCUUCCAGCGUGACGGAGCCAUGCGAUUUGACGGUAACUACGGUGGCGACCCUAACUACGUUGGCUCCUCGAUCAAACCUACCAAGUUCUACCAAGACGAGAAGGGAAUUAGUGCUUCUGCCUUAGCCUUACACACCGAGCACGAAAAGUGGGCGGGAGAGGUCUCCGCCUACACCAGCGAGAUCACCGACGAUGACUUCUUCCAGCCCGCGGCAUUGUGGGAGGUUAUUGGCCGCCAGCCUGGUCACCAGGAUAGAGUCAUUGAGAACCUCGUCGGCAAUAUCAAAGGUGUAAAAUACCCUGAAUUGCGUAAGGCUGUCUACACCCUCUUCGGGCGUGUCAACAAGGAUCUCGGUUAUAAGUUGCGGCAGCGCACAGAAGCAGCGAUCCAGGCUGCGUAG